AUGGAGCGCGCCGCGCUCAUGGAUAAUGGGACGGAGUUCGUGAACCGGACCCUUAAAGAAUUCGCGGGGGAGUGUGGAAUCGAACUGGUCAACACACCGCCUUACCAUCCGCAGGCGAACCCGGUAGAGCGAGUAAACCGCGUAAUCAAAACGAUGAUCGUCGCGUAUCUCAGGGGAGAUCAUCGAGAGUGGGAUCGUCACGUGAACGAUUUCAGAUUUGUCUAUAAUUCGGCUCACCACACGUCCCUCGGCGCGUCGCCCGCCUUCUUGAAUUUUGGUCGUGAGUUAGAGGCUCCGCAAACGCUGAGACGGCGAAGUGAAGCGACCUCAGAAGUUAACGCGCGCGAACCGGGAGAAUGGACGGCACGGAUGCGCCGUCUCGAUGCGGUGCAUGCAUGGGUUCGCGAACAUCUAGAUACCGCCUAUCAGGAGCAAGCGUAUAACUUGCGUCAACUACCGCGAAGAUUCGGCGUAGGAGACUUGCGAGAAUUAAAUAUUUGGGACGACGUGGCGGAGGCCCUACGAAACACGCCGAUGAGGGUCGAGCGUCUACACCAGGCGGUGGUAAGGGACUUCCCCGCGACCACCAGCGUCGACGCAGACAGUCCCGAGCUGCCGACCAGCCCCCACGCGAACCACGGCGGCCCAGACUGA